AUGGACGAACUGGCGGACGAAGAAGACGGACGGCCUGCCGGGUUCUAUGAUGUUCCUAUGGGCGCUGUCAAAUGGCGUGCUUGGACGGCGGCACUGAUGGGCUUGGGUAUGGCUGCGCUUUUCGGCGGUGUUGAGACCGCCCUCAUCUUGACGAUCAGGCCGUUGUACAACCGAGGCAAUGAUACGGCAAUACUAGUCAUUGGCAUCAUUGCGUCUGUGUUGCUCGCAGUGGGACUCCUCCCUCCAUAUGGCGAGAUAUGGAAGAGGAGAGGAAGGGUCAUUGGCAUCAACUGGAUCUUCCUCACCAUGGACUGGUUUGGUGCCUUCUUUUCACUCAUGGCACUGGUCGCUCAAAAUACCUUCGAUGUUCUAGGAGGCGUGUUAUAUAUAAUCUGCUGCCUGCUUGAGCUGGGCAUUUUCAUAUCCCACGCAAUCUGGCUCGUGCGGACCCGGAAGAUCCGCAAGGCGGCAGCUGCAGAAGGCAAGACUUUCGACGAUAUCGCAGCGGAGCACAAGGCAGAAGGGACUCCAUUCAAGUUUGCAGAGAGGAAGUUCCGAAAGCGCAGAAAGGGGAAGCUUGACGAAGAGCAGGCUGUAAGAAGCGAGGAGGCCGUUGGUCAGACUCGGGACGGCAUCGCAUUGGGUGAAGACUCGACGACAGAACAAAAGCAGGAGAUCUGA